GAAGAUGAAACCAACGAAGAAGAGGAAAAAUGGCAGCGCUCGGUACAGCACGGUGCUUACGCCGAGGCUGCUCUUGGCUGCAAAGUGUUCAGAGAAAUAAAAACUUGCUCGUAAAAUGUAGCACCCGGACUUUUUGCAUCGAUACGCCAGACAGCGUGCAAAACAAUGCAAAGCCCCAGUUCACAGAUCCAGUUGUGCAGGACAUCCUGACCAGGAUAACGGGCCUGAACCUGCAAAAGGUGUUCCGAUCAGUUAAACAGGAACUGAACCCGCCAACGUAUAAACUCAUGACCGAUGAACAGUUGGAGCAGGCGGUGAAGUUGGCCACAGAGAAAGCGAAAAAGAUGCUGCAAAUGCCACCUGUGUUACCUGAGAGGAAGCCCAUCAGUGACAUACUGUCUGUCGACAAGAUUCUGGAUGGCAUGGAUACAGUCAAAUAUGUCUUCACAGAUAUCACCUACAACAUUCCAAACAGGGAAAGGUUCAUUGUUGUGAGGGAGACCGACGGCACAUUACGAAAAGCCACCUGGGAGGAAAGAGACCGACUCAUUCAGGUCUACUUUCCAAGAGAUGGGCGCAAAAUCACUACGCCGUUGCUCUUCACUGAGGAAAACCUAAAGAUGGUGUUCUCUCAGGACCGGCACGAGGAUGCGUUGGACCUGUGUCUGGUCCAGUUUGAACCCGACUCAUCGCAGUACAUCAAGGUGCACGCCGCUACCUAUGAAGAUCUGGACAAACAUGGGAAAUAUGAGCUUCUUCGUUCUACCCGGCACUUUGGCGGUAUGGCCUGGUACCUGGUCAAUGCUCGCAGGAUUGAUGGCCUCAUUGUGGACAUGCUGAAGAAGGAAUUACUGCAGGACGCAGUAAGCCUCGUGUCUCUCUUCCACCUGGUCCAUCCUCACAGCGAGUCGGCACUGGAAGCUUCCAGACUUGAGGCUGCAGACACUGACCUUGUCAAGAUCUAUGCCAAAAAGGAAUCCCAGAGGUCUGGCUACAUUGACUUGGCCUUGCAGGCAUAUGAACAGUCGCCGUCAAACAGCGCUGCUGUCUAAUUGACCCAUUUCUCAUUUGGAAUUCUGCAAUUUUUGGAAACAAAUACAUGCAGGUUGUGCUUAGCGUUUGUGUCCUAACCACAUUGUGUACAUAACUGAACAAACUCAAUAAAACAAAUGUCUUUGUA